AUGAGGAAUGUGGCGAUGUCUUCCAUUCUUAAUUUUGAUUUCAAAGAUUAUGGAGUUGUGAUUCACUCAAGCGAUGCAUAUUCCACUCCCAUGAAUCUGAUUUUUGGUGGGACAAUAAAAAAGAGUUUGGGACAAGGGAAGAAGAAGAAAACUCAGCAGCCACAACAACCACAAGUUGAAAUCGAGAAUGAAGUUGAAGCAGAGGAUGAAGUUGAAGCCUAG